AAUCCCUAUUUCCGGUCGCAAGGAAUGUUUACAUUCGCUACUGAGGCUCUGUCCGCAAAAUACACUGCUGACUCGAUACAUCAAGCUCAUUUAGCACGAUGAGUGAAGAACAGCCCGAUCAAACCGUUGAAAAGACUAAACCGGGUGCUGAGAAAUGGCUGGAUGCAUACCACGACCCUGUUGCAUCCCUAUAUACCCUGACACAGUGUGUGGCAUUGUCAGACAUACAGGCCGACGGGGACUGGAAACUGGUGAUUGCUGAUCUUGGUACAGGAUCUUACGACAUGAAACUCAAAGUUUAUAAAGGAACAAACUUGAUGAGUGAAAAUGCCAUUAUUGACCUGCCCACUGGGGUUGUGACAUUCUACAUGGAUAUCCUGGAACCAAGGAUGCCAGCUAUAGCUGUUGCAUCUGGCCCCUAUAUUUACAUCUACAAAAAUUUGAGGCCUUACUUCAAAUUCACAUUGCCUACAUUGGAUGUAAACACUGUGGAACUGGACCUCUGGACACAGGUCAAGGAGGAAAAAAUCAAUGUUUUUGUUUUGAGAGAAAUGCUUGAGGGUAUGAGAGCGGAGGGUACAGUGUUGACGGUGCGGUCACUCCGGUUCCUCCAGAUGACAGACAUUGGUGACAUGGAAGCAUUUGCCAAUCUGUAUAAACACAUGCCAAUGAGGAGACAGACCGUCAUCAGCUGUUUGAGCACCAUGAAGAAGUCCAUGGCAGAUGAGGAUGCCAUUUGCUGCUUGGUCCUGGGUACAGAGAACAAGGCUGUGUAUGUUCUGGAUCCUGAGGCCUUCACUGUCCUCACUACAAUUGACCUGCCCAGUGUACCUGUGUUCCUCAGUGUUACUGGCCUGUAUGAUGUGGAGUACAGGAUCGUAGUGGCAUGUCGUAAUGGCUGUAUCUACACUCUCAAGAGGGGGACGUCAGAUGUGUCAAAGAACUGUAUAGAAUUGAAUUCACAGCCAGUUGGCCUGGAACGAAUUAACAAGACUAUUUAUGUCGGCACAAUGGAUGAAAUGGUUCACUGUUACACUUCAAAGGGUAAAAAGUUGUGGACAGUAAAGAUGCCAGCCGCAAUUACGACCAUGGAAACAAUGGAUUACAAAUCGCGUGGGUUUAAGGCGGUCAUUGUGGCUCUCAACAACUGUAAGGUCCACAUCUACAAGGAGAAGUACCUAGUUAAUGUAAUCAGUACUGAUGACGUGGUCACUGGACUUAAGUUUGGCCGCUUUGGUCGGGAGGACGGCACACUGGUCAUGACCACAAGAGGUGGAGGACUGGUGCUGAAGAUCCUCCGUAGAAAUGCCACGUUUGAGGAGAAGGAUAUAUCAGCUGGACCUCCUGUAGCCCAGAAUACAAGACUCAACGUACCAAAGAAGACCAAGCUGUUCGUGGAUCAGACGAUGAGAGAGCGUGAUAACGCUGUCACAAUGCACAGGACAUUCCAGAGAGACCUUUACCUCCUGCGGUUAAAUACAGCGCGGGAGUACGUCAAGUCCCUGGAGAACAGUAUGAAUCCAGUAUCAGCAGACCCCACGGAACCCCUGAAACUCAACGCCCAGGUUCAAGGGAUUGGUCCUACAUUUAAAUUAACAGUUAAUUUACAAAAUACGUCCCUAAGUCAUCCGUCCACCAACCUCCUCAUCACCUUCCAGUACGAUGACAGACUGUAUACACUGAAGAAGUCACUCAUAGAGGUGCCCAUGCUUGUGCCUGGCCUUAGCUACGCCUUCGAGACGUUUGUAGAAUGUUUGAAUGACAAAGGAGUAUCUGAUAAUUUGAAGGUAUUUGUAUUGAAAGAAGGGAAGAGUAUACCUAUAAUUACUGGUGUGAUCAGUAUGCCAGUCAGCGAGUCUUUGGUGGUGGCUUAGAUCUUCUACAGCGUCACAUGUAAACCUGGUGGUGGCUUAGGUCUUCUACAUUGUCACAUGUAAACCUGGAAAUUAUAACAGUGACGAAAAUCCAAAUAGACGAAAAUCCCAAUGUAGAAUCAGCCCAUAACUACCUGGACACUUUAAAAAAGAAUAUGGGUUGUUCUCUCAACUGGAAAGUGUACGGUGGGUUGUAUUUGUCACCUCAAGCAGUGAAUGUUUACUAAUGAACAAUUCAGGGACAUUUUUCAGCAAAAAAGAAUGAUUGUUGAAAGUGUCUGAAGUGAAUGUCUCCAAGUUAAUGAACAGACAAGACAUAAGGUUACUCUUUAAAUGUACAAGCUUGUGAAUAACACGGAACAGAUUCUAUUUAUAAUUUCGAGAUCUAUAAGGCAAAAAUAUUUUGUCUUGAACUAGAAAAGAAAUUUCAACCAUUGUAAAUCAUCCAGGUCUUGUUUUACCAUAUUGUAAUGCACAUUUCUUGUUACCUGUAUCUGUAAUGGUGUAAAUUGAUGUAUUUAUUGUGUACUGAUGGAUGUUAUUAAUACCAACAUGUAUGGCUGCCUUGCAUGUGUUUCUAUUCAGGUAUUUCAUAUUAAUUUCCAUGAGAUACUGCAUUUUUUGCCUGAAAGUUUGCCGUCCAUUAUAUUCUCUAGAAAGUUUACAGGUCAUAAGAUUCUCUAAAAGGGUAUAAGUUUACCUUUACCGUCCAUACAGAUACACCUGAUGAAAUUUUAUUUCAUCAUGGUCCAGUUUUUGCAAAAACAACCUUGUAUUACAGAAGCAUUAUUGAUAUGCAUAUUAUACGUUAAAAUUAUAAAAUCUUCUUCUUUUUUUCCUCUUUUUUUUCCAGCCUGAAAACUUUUUAAAAACUUUUUUUUUAUUAAAGAUUUUUCAGUCUCAUAAACUUAUUUUGGAAGCAGUGUGUAUGUUUUAUAUCAGAAUGGGGUUAUAUGAACCUGUGUUACAUGUAUGAAAGCACACUUCAUGUGAGUCAUAACCAGUCAUGGCCUUACUGCCAAAUAAUAUGGUUAUACACUAUAUAAAUCUGUAUUUUAUCAGACUUAUAUGUUUAAAGUCAACAUCUUCGUCUUUGUUAAUUUAUUUUUAAAUGUUGGUUUCAUAGUAUUCAGUGAGAUGAGAUUUGCAUAUCAGUGUCUUGUGUUGUAUUUUCCACAAACUUUAUACACAUCACACAUUUGUUAAAUGAUACUGAUUGUCUGUGAUACGCUGGUGUAUAUACAACUUUGUAAUAAAGUUGAAAAUUUUAAAACA